UAUCUACACACAAAUACAUAGAUAAAAAAAUAUAAUACCCUGCUGAUGCUGUGUGCUGAUAAAAAAUAAUAUUUCUACAAAUUUCAUCUGAUUUUUACUAUUAUUAAAAAAGCCAAACUAAAAAAAAAACCACAAAAUUAUAUUUCUAAAUAAAUCCACUAAUUAUCAACAACAAUAAACAUCAAUAAAUCAGUUAAAAAGUGUUUUUAAUUAAAAAAUUAUUUGUGAAUAUAAAAUCGUGUUGUGAUUUACAUUUUUUUUUUUGGAGUAAAGACAGAUAAAUAUAGCUAUGACAGAAAAAAAAACUAAAAUAAAAAAAAUCAUUUUCAUUAUAAAUAGAUAUUUUUAAUAAUAACAAUAAUCAAAAAUAAAUAAGCAAGUGCAAAAAACAAGAAAUAUUUUUGUCAACUUAAAUACCUAAAAAUUAAAUAAUAAUAAUAACAACAAUAAUAAUAAUAACAAUUAAAAAAUGAUAAUGGAAAUUCGAUUCGACUCAGAUGAAUUUUCUCUGUAAAAUUAUUUGUGUUUUUAAUUUUCCAUCUAAUUUUAAUUUGUUGUUAAAAAAAAAUAUAAAAUAAAUUUCAUUAAAAUCAUGAAGUAAAUGUAAACCUGGUAACAAAUUAAAGACAAUAAUAAUAAUAUUAAUAUUUUUGAUUAAAUUAUUGAAGAAGUGAAAAAUAAAAAAAUAAAAAAGUUAAAUAAGACAUGUGUCGGUGGAUGAAUAACUUGAACAAUUUGCUUAAUAGCUAAUAGGCUGAAAAAUUUGAUGUGAUCAGUAUGAUUAUUAUCAAAAUGAAUACAUUCAAUAAAUUAUCAUUGCUUCUUCUUGGAUUUAUCAUUGGAUCAUUGGUAAAAUAUGGAGCUGGUCAUGAUGUAAAAGGUUCAACAUCUUGUGAAUUUUACAACGACACAAAAUGUGCUGAAUCACAAGAAGGAUGUUCAAAACGUGAAACAUGUCAAUCACCAGAUCCAGGAAAACGUAAUCAUUGUUAUGUUCUUUGGACAUAUAACAAUGCAACAAAUACAUCAACAAUAAAAUUAAAAGGUUGCUGGUUAGACAACAAAGAAUGUUAUGAUAAACCACGUUGUGUUGAACAAAAUGCAAAACGUAAAGCACAGCUAUUUUAUUGUUGUUGUGAUACAAAUAUGUGUAAUCAAAAUUUUACAUGGGAUCCACAGCCAACAGUGCCACCGACCCGUGAUAAUCAACAAAAACCAAUUCAAAAUAAUGAACAACAAUUAAUAACAUGGAUAUUAUCAAUUGGUGUAUUAUUAUUAUUUAUAAUAAUAUUAAUUGGUUUAUUAUGGUUUUAUAAAAAACGUAAACUUGGUUAUUUUAAUGAAAUACCAACAUUAGAACCAAUACCAUUACCACAACCAUCACCAAAUUUAGGAUUACGUCCAAUUCAAUUACUUGAAAUAAAAGCACGUGGACGUUUUGGUGCUGUAUGGAAAGCACAAUAUAAAAAUGAUAUUGUUGCUGUUAAAGUAUUUCCAAUGCAAGAUAAACAAUCAUGGCAAACUGAACAAGAAAUAUUUAAAUUAUCACAUAUGAAUCAUGAUGAUAUAUUAAAUUUCAUUGGUGUUGAAAAACGUGGUGAUAAUUUACAAGCUGAAUUUUGGUUGAUAACAGCAUAUCAUGAUAAAGGAUCAUUGUGUGAUUAUUUAAAAGCAAAUACAGUAACAUGGAUUGAUAUGUGUAGAAUAUCAGAAUCAAUGGCAAGAGGUUUAAUGCAUUUACAUGAAGAAAUAUCACCAAAUAAAAAUGAUGGUUAUAAGCCAGCAGUUGCACAUCGUGAUUUUAAAUCUAAAAAUGUAUUAAUUAAAUCAGAUAUGAGUGCAUGUAUUGCUGAUUUUGGUCUUGCACUUAUAUUUCAACCUGGUAAACCAUGUGGUGAUACACAUGGACAAGUUGGUACAAGAAGAUACAUGGCACCAGAAGUAUUAGAGGGUGCUAUUAAUUUUACAAGAGAUUCAUUUUUACGUAUUGAUAUGUAUGCAUGUGGUCUUGUAUUAUGGGAGCUAGUAUCAAGAUGUACAUUUGGUGAUUUUAUUGUUGGAGAUUAUAGAUUACCAUUUGAGGAAGAAGUUGGUUUACAUCCGACACUUGAAGAUAUGCAAGAAAGUGUUGUACAUAAAAAAGAAAGACCACAUAUACCAGAAAUAUGGAAAUCACAACCGCUGUUGUUAUCAAUUUGUGAUACAAUGGAAGAAUGCUGGGAUCAUGAUGCUGAGGCUAGACUAUCAGCAUCUUGUGUUAUGGAACGUAUUGCAACUUUGAGAAGUCUCGUUAUAAAUUCAUCGACAUUAAUCAAAGUUGAUAAUACAAAUGAGUCUAUCAAUAAUACCAAGGAAUCUAGUAUGUAAUUGACUAAAAUUUAUUUUUUCUUUUCUUUUUCUAAUUUAAUUUUUAUUUAUAUAUAAUAUACAUUUAUUAUAUGAAAAAAAUUUACAUGGAUUAUAGAAGAAAAAAAGGUUUUAAUGAUUUUUUAAAUUUAUUUCAAACAGUCAAGCUUGAUCAUCAGGUAGUUGCUCAAUUUAUCAUGAUGAAAAAAUCUUGUUAAAGUUUUUUUUAAUUAAUUUAGAAAACAUUAACAAAGUUGUUAUAAUUUCUAUUUUUUUUUUUUACUUUUAGUCACAGUUUAUAUUUUAAUUUAUUGUGUUCAUUUGACGAUUUUUUUUCUUGAUUAAUUUUAAUAGAUAAAUUAAUAAUAAUUAUCUGAAAAAUUACCUUGGAUAAAAAUAAAAAAAAAAAGAAAACAAUGUACCUGGUAGACACUGAAUCGUGUUAUAGCCACCUGGAAUUUAGUAGAAGAAAAAAAAAAAAAUACUUAUAAUGCAAGUAGCAAGAUUUUAAAUUGAAUUUUAAUUUAUUAUUAUUUAUAAAAAUGAAAUCAUUUCAACUAA